AUGACACAUAAAAAAGAUAAAGAUAAUGAAAAUUUAUCAGAAAAAUUAGAAAUUCAAAAUAAAGAAAUUAAAGAGAUUAAAUUAUCAAUAAAAGAAAUUACAAGAUCUAUUGAAAAUGUUUAUCAAUUAUUAUUAACCAAUAGGAAUUUAUGUAGUCAUUGUCAACAACAAAAAUUGAAUAAUAGUGGUGGUGGUAUCAACAAUACCAACAAUAGUAAUAAUAAUAAUAAUAAUAAUAAUAAUAAUAAUAAUAAUAAUAAUAAUAAUAAUAAUAAUAAUAAUAAUAAUAAUAAUAAUAAUAAUAAUAAAUACAAUGAUUUAACAGAAGGAAGGAAUGGAAAUGGGAAAAUCAUUGAUGGAUCUGUUGGAGUUAAUUCUAUAGUACCUAUUUUUGUGUUAUUAAUUUAG